UUAACAACAGUCGAUACUUUAUUUUAGCAUUGGCUAAAUCUUACAUGGAAGCUGUGUGGGGCUCACACAAGAAUACAAUGAAUGACUUCCAAGAGGAUCCUACUGCUGACAUUAUCACGACUGUUGAUUCACUGCAAGCAGUAGGAAAACAUUUCCAGGAAUGUAUAGACAGUGUUGGAGAACUUCUGGAAGAAAGGGAGAAUCUUAUGAAAGAAUUAAACUUCAUGAAGGAGCCAGUGCAUAAAGAGAUUGGUAACCUUAGGACUGAACUCUUGAAACUUUACCAAGCUAAAUCAAAGACAGAGAUUGAAUGUGAUAACUUCAAGGAAGAAAUAACGUGCACAAAAAGAAACUUGUUUAAGAUCACUAAAGCUCAAAUUACUUGUAAAUAUGAACUACACAUCAAUAAACAGGACUUGCCCCUAAUUACAUCGCAACAGGAAGUACUGGAAUCUGAGGCACAGAGACUUGCUGAUGAAUUGGCUGUACUUAAACAUUGCCAUCAGAAAGAAUUAAACCAAAUGAUUAAUCGGUUGGAGAGUAUUAAAAAUGAAAGGAAUAUGCUGUCCCUGACAAACAGUCAUCAAACAAACGAAGAAUUUCAAAGUUUGUUUGGAGAACAGUGGCAAUGGCUGGAGAAACACUAUGAACCUAAAGUGAGAAAUCUCCUGAACUGGAGUAAGACCAGGGCUGAAUCACUUAAACACACACUGCAUGAAAUUGAAAGCUUCAGAAAACAGUUGCAACCUCUACAGGAGCAGGUGACAAAACUAAACAUAAGGAGACGAUGUCUUGAAGAGCAGAUGCAAUUUAUUCAGAGAAAAUGGGCUGAGGACAUUCUGCAAUAUCAGGAACAAAAAAGGCAACUGCAAGAAAAAGUCAGUCUCUUGAAAACUGAACUUGGUGUGCAGAAGCAAAAGAACAACAACAUUAAACACUUGAAAGAGAGUCUCUCUGAGGAAUUAUUUGUUUACAAGGAAUGUUUAACAGAAUUUGGAACUUUUACAGAAUCUUCAAACAAGUUGGAUUUGAAGAAUUCAAAAUUUCAAGAAAAUCCUUAAUACUAGUCACAUGCAUUUUUCCAAAUAAAUUGGUCAAGGUACUUGUGUAGACUUUAUGUUCAAGAGCAUCUCUUACUUAUAUGCAAAUGAGUUCUUAUAACAUCUUUAAAGUGAUACAACAUCCCUCAUGAUCUCAUUAAAUGGGAGAACAGACUUCAGGUUGAAUGGCCUAUUCCCAGCCUAUUUUCCUUGCACUUCACAACUUUUUAAAACAAAGUGAGACUCAAGGGCGAUUGACAACAGGCAAUAAAUGCUGGCCAGCAGUGACACCAACAUCUCAAGAGAAUUUUUUUUAAAAACUCAGCCAGAAAAGGUAAUGCAAGGUCACCUGAUUAAAAGCCUACCAUAAAAGGGAUGUGAAUGUAUAGUACAAUCAAUUUUCAAUUCUUAAGCAGGAGACAGUAAGGCAUUGUUUAUUCCUUUUCCUUUGUAGAAUUAAGUUUUAUUGUCACAUAUAUUCAAGUGAAGUAAAGGAAUACAGUGAAAAGUGUACAACGUCACCAGCUUAGGUACAAAAACCCGAAUUUUAAGAAAACAGCCAUUUUAGCUACAAAAACCAAAACAAUCAUCUAAGAUACAAAAAACAGAAUUAAAAUAAAACAAAAUCUGAAAAACAAAAUAAAAAUGAGCAAAGAAGAAAGGGUGAAGCAUCUGAAUCUAAGUCUUAUUGCUAUAGCUGGGCUUCCCUCCCCAAAACCUCAAGUCUCAGUGUCACUGCGGGCUCUUGGAAGUCACUGCUGCCGUGGGUCCUGAGAAGUCACUCCUUAUUUUGCAUCCCCACCUUCUGCCAACUCCUAAUUCUUCAGAGUA